UCACCAAUCCCACAUUACACCACCAACUCUAUUUAGACCAAGCCCUAAAACCCACAAAUGGCCUCCAAAACCACCUCGACCAUGGCACUAUUCCUCGUCUUCAACCUCCUCUUUUUCACCAUGGCCACCGCCACCAAAAAGGGCUGCCCACCUCCCCCACCGCCGCCGUCCGCCUGCCCACCUCCGCCGUCCCAUCCCAAACCAACUCCGACCCCAUCACCCAAGAAAUGCCCGAUGGAUGCACUCAAACUCGGCGUCUGCGCCAACGUCCUUGGCUCGUUACUCAACGUCACCCUCGGGAAGCCGCCAGUGAAGCCGUGCUGCAGCUUGAUCGGCGGGCUCGUCGACCUUGAGGCGGCUCUUUGCCUAUGCACCGCCAUCAAGGCCAACGUUCUCGGGAUCCACCUCAACAUUCCGGUCUCUCUGAGCUUGCUGCUCAAUGUUUGUAGCAAGAAGGUCCCGUCCGGCUUCCAAUGCCCUUGAUGAUGGAUUUGUGGAGACACUAUAGUGCUGUUGUGGUGCCAUGAAAGAAAAUAUUUGCUUGAGUGAGUUCUUGGACAAGUUUGAGUUGCUUGUUUAUUUCUGUGGGUGUUUUUGUUUAUGAGGGUGUCAAAGGUGAAGGGUUGGUUUGUUUAGUAUUUUAUGUCACGUCAUAGAUGACAAAUGCGUUGUUGUUGUCUAUAGUUAAAUUUGAUCGAUGUUGUUUACUACGAGUACUUUUGGGUUGAAUGAAAGGUUGGAUUUUUC